UGCUUUCGCCCUGCGGCGACCAUCUCAUGAGAUUCAGAAUUUGCCUAGCCAGUGGUUUGGAAUUAAGAAACCUGCUCUCCCGUUCUCCACCCCGAGUUGAUGUUACGCCACUAUCGUGAACCCCAGGCUCGACCUCUUUGCCAAGUCCCCGGCAAUACUUUGAGCCGAGGCGGGAAUAGCAGCCAAGCCUUUGGUGUGGUUCCGAUAAACAGGUCGGAGGAGAGGUUCAUGCAUGCAAGGCGCAAGGUGUGGGAGAGAAUUAGGUGGAGGUACCGAUAUACCCCGUAUCACGUGUGCCUUGGCACAUGAUUGGCCCUUGCCUCUGAAUCUGCACUUGCUCCACUUCCCAUUUCCCAUGUACUCUAUACAUUUUAUUUUAUUCAAAUUCUGUUUCGUCGACGUCGUCUUCGCUGCGAUCGGGUUUGGUAAUCACAUGAUUUGCCUAGUCAAGAUCCCGCGCUGGCCCUUAAUCAAUGGCAGACUGAAGCACAAAGUAAUCUCCGCCCUCCCCUUCACCCCUAUCUCCUCCCCCUUUCCCAGAAAAUUGUCCUUCACAUAUCAAGUUUUCAGCUCUCUCUCUCAUUUCACCUCUGGCGAUUCUUAUCAAUCAGCUCUCGGUCUGGCGGUAUCAUUGGACGGCCUGCCGAGGCCUCUUCACACUACACUUAUCUUCGCUUUUGCCCGCGACAUUGGUAGGCGACGGGACGGCCGACGAGCACACUUCUCUUUGCACCUCCCCACACUUCGCGUCGUUCGUAUGUGCCACAAUGCUUGUUUGUUUUUGCACCUUCCAUUUCUGUGCUACGUUUCCAGUGCCGUCUUCCGUCCUCGUCAAAUCCUUGACGAGAGCGCUGAAGCGAAAAAAGCCACCAGCGCCACAAUGCUUGGAUGCACCUUCCUGUUCCAUAUCUUCAGCCGCCAUUAGCGCCGAUCUUGCCUCGCUUGCCCUCGCUUGCUUCCCAAGGAUAAGUCCAAUGCAGGCAUUUUCAGCAGCUCAACUCUGCCGUCGCUGGAAGCAUGGAGCAUUGCUGGAUCUUCCAAGCGGAGAGUUGGGGAUAAUGGGAGUGGGGGAAUAUAUGAGGACGAUAGCGGCACUAAGUGCCAUAUCACGGAUAAAGGCGACAAUUACCCCUCAGAUCUUGGCACUGGCCGUGGAGUCUACCUGCCGAACCAG